ACUUACAAACACCAUCGAUUUCAUGUGUGCGGAAAGAUUUCUAAAAAUUGCACAAUUACGUCAAGAAAAAGACGAAAAUGGCAGCAUUCUUGCGUUCUCUGAACGCCUUUCGUGGAGGUACUUUAUGUCGGUUAAAUGCAGAUAUCGGUAAACGCUCAUUAUUUGAGCAGUCGAAUCGAGCUCCUUCCAGUAUGAACCCUGUAGCACGAUAUCAGCAUACCACACAGUAUCCUUCUGUACUAUCUAGAUUCAUGUCCACCCAACAACAGAACCCUUCUCUCCCUAGUGCUGGUCCUCCUAAUACAGCAGAUGUGGUAUCAGUGGUGAGCAGUGAUAUGAAUCAAGGACGAAUGUUUGCUAUCGUCUAUGUAUCUGGUACCCAACACAAAGUGACGUCGGGUGAUCUUAUACUACUACAGAACGACCUCCCAGCUGAUGUAGGAGAAAGAAUCAGAUUAGAGAAGGUACUUCUGCUUGGAGGGGACAAUUUCACUCUCAUAGGCAAGCCUAUGUUAAGCUUGGACACAGUGCGUGUAGAAGCCACAGUGAUUGAAAAGACGAUCAGUGAAAAGAAGGUCCACUUCAGGUUUAAGAAGAGGAAGAGAGUAGCUAGAUAUAGAGAGACGUAUACAAACUUGACGGUUUUGAGGAUAAACAGCAUAGAAGCCAAGUUGAGAUGACAGUAGCCGCACCCAUAUACGGUCAUAUACGUGUAAUCCUGAGAGCGCCAUCACAACGACUUUGAAGACAUCGACCCAUCGACUAUUUCAAUAUUAUAUUGUCUGCCUGAAUAAUCUGGGAACUGAUUCAUGAAAAUUGUUAUCAAUAACAAAUGCUAAAUAUCUAUGACAAAUUUGCUCUCAGCCAAUCAAUUGCCAUGAUUUCAGGAGCUUAACCACUUGACUGCGUGCCACGUACAUGUACGUGGUCUCGCUCUCACUUGCCUGUGCGCACCACGUACAUGUACGUGUUUAGAGCAUUGCACUGUCAAGACUGUAGCACUGCAUAAUACCUAGCCCUACUGUGUAAUUAGCACUGCAAUGAUGUUAUACAGGUCUUGAACAGUAGAUGGCACCUUUAAAAAAAAAAAGGUUUUUGUACAGUACAAAAAUGCUGUAGCACAGGGGGUUUGAACGUGUUUUAAGCCAAUAGCAGUCAAGUGGUUAAAACAGUUGUUGUAACUUGUUACUGAUAACAAGUUGUAUGAAACAGGGCCCAGAUCAUGUUAUAUGUUCAUACAUUUCAAAAGAUGGUGAGCAUGUAUUUAGAUUUUCAAUUCUUCAAAUCUGACCGGGCCUCCACACACAUUUACAUAUCAUAUGCGUAAAUGUCUUUGUAACACAAGGUCACUGAACUUCUCAUUAGUAGUUUUUUUGAAAAUCUUGAGAUCCUGUUCUCUUAAAAAAGACAUUGUCUUUAUCAAACUGUUUGUGAGUGACUUGAGUUAUACUGCAGACCUUGUUUUGGAUGAGCCUAAGAUAUUUAUCAUAGUUAAAUUUGUGCUUCAUCCAACAAGACUCUAUUUUGUUUCAUUCCGUCAUUGAAAAACAUGUUAUAUUCUAUAAAGCCCACAACACAAACCGACUACAUUUUCUCAUGAAGAAAAAAAAGAAUUGAAAUUGUCCCAUGUACAGUAACUAUUCAAAAUUUUGUAAGUUUGCUGGAGACGUCGUGGUAUAGUGGUUCAAUCGCUUGAGGCUUAAUCCAAGUGUUGAGGGUUCAAAUCCCAGCCCGCCCUAAUGUCUUUUGGCAAGACAUUAAUCCACAUUUGCCACCCUCCACCCAGGUGGAAUUGGGUACUUGGCAAUUGCUGAGGUAAUAAUAAUUGCAGGGCCCUCUGGAAGAACAACAUUGGAGCCUCUGAGGGUUCCUCUGGUAAACAAAAUUAUUAUUAUCUUUAAAAGGGUCCUUAUAUUCAAUUCAAGGUUUAUUAAAAAAUAUCU